UCAUGGGCCACCAGAGAAGAAAGGGGUGGGAAAAGGUCCCACCAAAGGAGACGGGGGGAGCUCCAUCACCAUCUGGGAUUUAUGAUCUUUUCACUGGAUAUUCACGCACAAAAAGACCUUUUAAGUGGGGAUUUUUUAAAUCAUUAUUGAACUGGACACACCAUCUGGAAAUUUAAAUGGCCCAGUGACUGUCACGUGAUUGGAUGGACUUUUAACUGAGAGGCUGAAGGCUCAAGUCAAGGUAAAAAAAAAAUGGAUCAAAACAUGUUUGGAGGAGCCCCCAGGUUUCUCACCCGCCCUAAAGCAUUCUCGGUGUACGCAGGCAAGGAUGCCACACUCAGCUGCACUGUUGUAGGGAACCCCACUCCACUAAUCACCUGGGAAAAAGAUAAGCUAAAGCUGACAUCUGGAGGCCGUUUCAAGACUGUGGGGGAUGGAGAUGUGUACCGCCUGACCAUCUACGACCUAACACUGGAGGAUAGCGGACAGUACAUGUGCCGAGCCAAAAACAAUGUUGGGGAAGCUUAUGCUGCUGUGACCCUUAAAGUGGCCAUGCCAACAGAGAUGGCUCAGAGGGCCCCCGUUUUCAUGGUGAAGCCUAUUUCCACACGUGGGAGUUUGGGCGGGGAUGUUGUUUUCCACUGCCGGGUUGCAGCUCACCCUGACGCCAACUUUGAUUGGGAGAAGGAUGGACGCUACCUGGGGCAGACUAACCGCAUCAAGAUAGUUUCCGACAGUGACAGCAGCACCUUAAAGAUCCAAAGCGUACGCAACCUGGACAGCGGCACCUACACCUGCAGGGCCCAGAACUCUGUAGGCCGUGCCCAGGCUGCAGCAGCGCUUGUUGUAGAAGCUCAGGAUGAUCGCCGCAUGGCUGCAGACAAAGACAAGAGCACCUCUCUCCUCUCCCAUCUGCAAAAGCGCAAAGAGGAAAUGAAGAAGGACAUUUCCAUCUAUCACACUGAGGAAAGUAGUUCCUUCUCCACAGCCAAAAAGAAGGAUUUAUUGAGUUCCCUGAGUCUAGAACAUGAGCUGAGGGCGUCUGCGCUGGCUAAUCUUCCUAAAGGUGUUUUCACCCGUACCUGCACAGUGACUGAGGGCAAGCAUGCCAAACUGAGCUGUUUUGUGACCGGUCACCCCAAACCACACAUUACCUGGAGGAAGGAUGGGACAAACAUUGGUGAGGGCCGCAGACACGUCAUUUAUGAAGACCAAGCUGAAAACUUCAUCCUCAAGGUUUUGUAUUGCAAGCAGACUGACAAUGGUCUCUACACCUGCAAUGCAACCAAUAUGGCUGGGCAGACCUACAGUGCUGUGUUGGUAACAGUCAAAGAGCCUAAAUUGCCUUUCAAGAGGAAGCUUCAGGAUGUGGAGGUCCAAGAGAAGUCGUCAGCCUUGCUCAUGUGUGAGGUUCCCUAUAGCGCCACACAGGCCAGCUGGUUCAUGGAGGAAACACGUCUGGAGCAAAAUAGCAAAUAUCGCAUGGAGGAGGACGGCACCCUGCGUAGUCUGACCAUACACAACGUCACCACUAACGAUGAUGGUGUUUACAUCUGCGAGCUGAAAGAGGGCAGUCGCACCGUGGCUGAGCUCACAGUCCUAGGUAACAUCACCAAGAAACUUCCUCGGAGGACAGUAGUCCCUGUCAGUGACACUGUCAUCUUCUGUGUUGAGCUGCAGCAUCCUUGUUUGGAUGCCUACUGGACCCGAAAUGGCGAGAAGUUAAAGGAAGAUUCUCGUAUUUCCAUUGCCUGUGUGCUCAGACAAUACACUCUCACAAUUAAAAACUGCCAGGCAGAUGAUUCAGGAGAAGUAGCCUUUGUGGCUGGCGACUGCAAGACUUCCACAAGAUUCACCGUCACUGCUGCACGGAAGCAUCCGCCCGAUCCCCCAGUCAAUGCUGUGGUGCAGAACAAGACAGACUCGUCUAUCACCAUUCAGUGGUCUCCUCCUGACAGUGAUCGUCCUGUGCCCAUCAAAGGGUACAUCGUGGAGAGAAGGAAGGUUGGUGCUUCUAUGUGGCAGAGGUGCAAUGCUGGGGAAUCCCUUGUUUCAACAGAGAUCACCAUCUGUAACUUUGCUGAGGAAGCUAGCUACCAGUUCCGAAUCUUUGCCAUAAAUGACUUUGGCCAGAGUCCCUAUCUGGAUGUCCCUGGAAGCUUUUAUCUUGAACCCACUGCAGAAAUCAAAAAAGGCCUAAUAAACAGCGCUGCAGUAGUCGGUGAAGAAUUCUCUAUCUCCUUGGAGCUGUCUGCUGUUUGCUCGGGCUUCUGGUCCCUCGGUGGGCGCCUCCUGCGUAGUGGAGCUGACUACCUCAUCACCAGGUCAAAGACCGUACACACACUGCUCAUUCGUGCUGUGACCAUGGAAAUGAAUGGCGCUGAAAUCAAAUUUGUUGGUGGAGGUUCACAGAGCAGCUGCACCCUAUCUGUGAAGGCUGCUUUUAUUAGAUUCAUCAACAAGUCAGAUCGUGCAGAGGUUGUGAUCUGCAGCGCCCAAGACUCCGCUCAGCUGACUGUUGAGGUGUCAGAUUCUGAUGCACAGGUGAUUUGGAUGAAGAAUGGGCGGGAGCUGAAAAUGGGCAAGAAGUAUGAAUAUGUGUUGCAAGAUCGUAAGAGGAUCCUGGUGGUACACAAUGUUACGGAGGAAGAUGUGGGCAUUUAUGAGUGUGCUUUAGCUGAUGACAAACUGUCCAUUCAGCUUGCUCUUAAAGAUGAACCUGCCAAAUUUUUAAAUAAAGCCAGAGGUCCUAUGGGAUUAUCAUUGUCUCUUAAAGGGGAUCUUGAGCUGAGCAGUGAGGUGUCUCUAGCGAGCGCUGUCGUCGUGUGGAAAAAAGAUAAAGUGGAGAUCAAUGAGGACCAAAGAACCACUAUUAUCUCCAAAGGGACUCAAAGGAAACUCAUCAUAAAGAGUGCCAAGAAAAGUGAUGAAGGAUAUUAUUCCUGUGAGACAGCAGGUGAUAAAGUCACAUUCCAUGUCAAGAUAAAAGAAACCCAAGCAGUUGCUGCUUUCUCCAACAAAGAGUCAGUUCAAAAAGAGGUCAAAGCUAUCCUUUCCCAUAAAGCAAGUCUUAGCUGUGAUGUAUCUGACAGCAAAACAGAGGUGAAAUGGUAUAAAGAUGGGAAGUUGUUGGAGUCCAGUAGGACGAUAUACUCAGAGGCGAAGGGCACUACUCGUCAGCUGGUGAUUGAAAAGGUGGAGAAGAGUGAUGCUGGAGAGUACACGUGUGAGGCUGGAGGAGACAAGCUGCUCUUCAAGAUAUUUGUGUCCGAGGCUCAGUCAGCUUUCUGCAACAAAGAGUUUGUUCAGAGGGAAGUGAAAGUUACUCUCUCCCAGAGAGCUGUCUUGAGCUGUGAGGUAGCUGACACCAAGACUGAGACAAAAUGGUACAAAGACGGUAAGCUUCUGACAUCCAGCAAAACAAUCCAUGCUGAAUCAAAAGGCAAGAGUCGCCAGCUGGUGAUUGAAAGUGUGGAGAGGAAAGAUGGUGGGGAUUACAUCUGCGAGGCCGGAUCUGAGAAGCUGGCUUUUAAAAUCCACGUGGCAGAGGCCCAGUCAGUCUUCUCCAACAAAGAGACUGUUCAGAAUGAGGUGAAAGCCACUGUGUCCCAGAAAGCCACUCUUAGCUGUGAAGUUUCUGAUUCCAAGACAGAGGUGAAAUGGUACAAAGAUGGAAAGCUCCUCACAUAUGGUAAAACAAUACACGCAGAAUCGAUUGGUAAAAGUCGGCAGCUGGUGAUAGAUAAUCUGGAGAAGAAGGAUGCUGGAGAAUAUACUUGUGAGGCUGGGACUGACAAGCUGAGCUUCAAACUUCAGGUGUCAGACACACACAUUCAGUCUGCCUUCGUCAAAAAGGAGUCGGUUCAAAGGGAGGUGAAAGCCUCACUAUUCCAGAAAGCUACUCUGAGCUGCGAGGUUGUUGAUGCCAAGACAGUGGUGAAAUGGUACAAGGAUGGCAAGCUGCUGACAUCCAGCAAAUCAGUCCACACUGAUUCUAAAGGCAAGAGUCGCCAACUGGUAAUAGAAAGUGUUGAGAAGAAGGAUGCUGGACAGUACAUCUGUGAGGCUGGAUCUGAGAAGCUGGCCUUUAAGUUACAUGUUGAAGAGAUCCAGAUCAAGUCUGCCUUCCACAACAAAGAGUCUAUUCACACAGAUGUAAAAGCCCAUCUAUCCCAGAAAGCCAUCCUGAGUUGUGAGGUUGCUGAUGCAAAGACAGGGGUGAAAUGGUACAAGGAUGGCAAGCUGCUGACAUCCAGCAAGACAAUACAUACAGAGUCAAAGGGCAAGAGCCGCCAGCUGCUGAUAGAAAGUGUGGAAAAGAAAGAUGCUGGAGAAUACAUCUGUGAGGCUGAGUCUGAGAAGCUGGCCUUUAAGAUACAGGUGGAAGAACCUUUCUCAAGCCUCUCUAACAAGGAAUCAGUCCAGAGAGAAGGAAAAGCUUCUCAAUAUCAGAAAGCCACUCUGAGUUCAGAGGUUUCAGAAUCAAAAACAGAGGUGAAGUCGUACAAAGAUGAAAAGCUUCUGACUUCCAGCAAGGCAGCCCAAAUGGAGUCAAUGGGCAAGGUUCAUGAAGUGGUGAUAGAGAAAAUGGAGAAGAAGGUUGCUGGAGAAUACACUUGUGAAGCUGGAAGUGAGAAACUAGCCACUAAACCACAGCCAACAGAUGUAGCCAUUAAGUUCAAGAAGAAGACUGUCAAAGACACAUUUAUUGUUGAAGCAAGUGAAAACAUAGUUUUAACCAGUGAGCUGACCACAAAGAGUGGUAAUGUCAAGUGGUGGAGAGACGGUGUUGAGCUGAAGGAAAGCAGCAAGUAUGAAAUGAAAACAGAUGGCCUUUCUCAUACUCUGAUAGUGAAAUCUGCAGAGACCAAGGACGGUGGAACAUACUCCUGUCAAACUCCAGAUGACAAAAUGGAGUUCAAAGUUCAAGUUAAAGAGUCAGCUUUGAAGUUUGUUGUUCCUUUGAAAUCAGCCGCAGUGGAGUUGGGAGGAACACUCUGCCUGAUUUGUGAGCUAAAUCAGGCCUCGGGGGAAGUUGUCUGGCAUCAUGAUGGGCGUGAGAUUAAACCUGGAAACAGGCACUGUGUCAAAGCAGAUGGUGCUAAACGUGUUCUUACUGUAACAGGCGUGACAAAGGAAGAUGAAGGAGAAUACAGCUGUGUAUGUAAAAAUGACAAGACAUCUGCUAAACUAACCACAAAAGCACCAAGACUUGUACGGUUGACCACCAAAUUAAACAAUGUAGCUGCAAUGGAAGGUAAAGACGCCAUUUUCAAGUGUGCUGUCACCCCAGCUGAUGUCAGCGUAAAGUGGUUCCACAACAGUAUACCCAUCACCGUUGGGCCCAAGUACAAAACUGAGCACGGAGGUGGAAGUUUCUCGCUUACAAUCACCUCGGUCACACAGAAAGAUGCUGGAGAGAUAAGUGUUGAUGCAGAAGGCAAAAGCUGCAAAGCUGCCCUGCAAAUUCAAUGCGUGCCUGUGAUUUUUAAGAAAAAGCUGGAAAACCUGACAGUUGAGGAGAACAGUGAGGUGAAACUGCAAGUGGAGCUCAGUAAGGCUUCGAAUGAAGUCAAGUGGAUGAAAAACAGCGUGGUGCUGCAGCCUGCAGGAGACAUAGAAAUACGAGUGGACGGAGCAAAGCAAACUCUGGUGUUCAAGAGAGUAACUUAUGCUGAUCGUGGACUAUAUUCUUGUGAGACUCUUGAUGACAAGACACAGGCCAAGCUCACUGUUGAGAUGAAAAAGAUCCAGGUAAUAAAAGGUCUAAAAGAAACUAAAGCACACGAAACAGAAACGGUUACCUUUGAGGUAGAGCUCAGUCAGGCGGAUGUUGAAGGCUCAUGGACCAGAGACGGGGCCAAGUUGAAGUCUGGGUCAAACUGCCGCAUCACAACCCUGGGAAAGAAGCACGACCUGACACUGUCCAAUCUCAAGAAGGAAGAUGCUGGAUUGAUUUCUUUCCAAGCAGAGGGAGUCCAUACGUCAGCCAAACUGAUAGUAACCGAACCUCCUGCUAUGAUCUCCAAACCCAUGAUGGACAUCAGUGUUCCUGAGAAGGAGAAGGUUACUUUAGAAUGUGAGGUGUCUAGAACAAAUGCAGAAGUGAAAUGGUUCAAGGGUGAUGUUGAACUGAAGCCAGGAAAAAACUUUGGCGUUCAUUCCUUGGGCCGUAAGCGGACUUUAGUUAUUCAUAAAUGCACACCUGAAGACGGAGGCACUUACGUCUGUCGCACUACUGAUGAUAACACCUCGGCUAAGCUCAUUGUUCAAGCCAGAGAUAUCAAGAUCAUUAAGAAGCUGGAGGAUGUCGAGGUGAUGGAGAAGGAGAGUGCUUCAUUUGUUUGUGAAAUCUCACAUGACGACGUGGAUUGUCACUGGUACAAAGGAAGCACUAAACUUAAAGUCAACGAGAACAUCAAGAUGAGACAGGAGGGCAGAACAUUUGUACUGCUGUUUAAAUCUGUUACUCCUGAAGAUAUGGGUGAGAUUAAAUUUACAGCAGAGAAAGCUUCUUCAGCUGCAAAACUUAAAGUGAAAGAGCUGCCUGUCAAGUUUGUGAAGAAACUCAGGGAUAAGAUAGCAAUGUACAAGCACCGUGCUCAUCUUGAAUGCCAAGUUUCACGUGCCAGUGCAAACGUGAAAUGGUUCAAAAACAAGAUGGAGAUCAAACCAAGUAAAAAAUACGAGAUUAAAAGUGAAGAUGUGUACCGAAAGCUCACCAUCAAUGAUGUGGACGGUGGCGAUGAAGACACAUAUACCUGCGACGCUGCUGAUGACAAGACUUCAUGUAAACUCCUUGUGGAAGAGCAGUCCAUAAGCAUUGUUCGAGAACUCGCUUCACUAGAGGUGACAGAGCCCUUCGCAGCUGUUUUUGAAGUUGAAAUCAGUAUGGAGCUGGUAAAACCUCCUGUGUGGACUUUAAAUGGAGUUGCUGUGCAAGAGGGUGCUGAUGUUGAGAUGGAGAAAGAAGGCACCCUGCAUCGUCUCACUUUCAAAAAGACCAAAGCUUCAAUGACAGGACCUGUGCAGUUUACUGCUGGGAAGAGCAAAUCCUUAGCUCAGCUCACUGUUAAAGAGCGUCCACUUGAGAUUGCAGAGCCUAUCAAAGAUGUUAAAGCGAAGGAGAAAAGCUCUGCAAUACUCACCUGCAAAUUUUCUGCAGCACCCAAAGAGGUUAAUUGGUUCAAAGGUCAGGCACUUCUGAAAGCAUCGGACAAGUACAGCAUGAAGCAAGAUGCUACAAAGGCCCAGAUUACAAUUCAAAAGUUGACUGAGGAGGACAGUGGAGAAUAUUGCUGUCAGUCAGGACCAGCUGAGACCAAAGGCACCCUUACUGUUGAAGUUCGUGAAAUUAAGAUCACCAAGCACCUUGUUGACACGGAAGUUGAUGAAGACAACGAUGCAAUCUUCACAUGUGAGAUUAACUAUGCAGAUGAAGAGGCACAGUGGCUUCUGAAUGACAAGGUGCUCUUCACGAACGAAGUUAACACCAUAACUCAUGAAGGAAAGGUCCACAAGCUCACUCUGAAAAAUUUAGCUCCCCAAGAUGGGGGAACCAUCAAGUUUCAAGUUCGCAAAGUAAAAGAGACUGCUACACUCAAGGUUAAAGAGAAACGUGCAGUGUUCCUCAAGUCACUUGAUGAUGUCAUUGGAGAGGAGAAGGGCAUGAUAACUUUGGCAUGUGAGGCAUCCAAGCCAAGGGUGUCUCCGAUUUGGAGAAAAGAUGGUAAAGUCCUAAAAGCUGGAACAAAGUAUGAACUCCUGCAUACCGGCAAGUCUUUGGGACUGAUCAUCAAGGAUGUCACCAAAGAGGAUGCUGGAGAGUACAGCUGUGAUCUUGGCACAGAAGUGUCAAAGUCAAAGGUCACUGUAAGAGAAAUUGGUAUUGCUAUCACAAAAUGGCUAAAAUCGGCUGAAGUUAAUGAAGGAGACACAUGCAGCUUCGAGUGCGUUCUGUCUCGUGAGAGCACAGAUGAGUGCUCAUGGACUGUAAAUGGCCAAAUUAUUAGAAAUGGAGGCCGUAUUAAGAUCUCAAGUCAAGGACGCAAGUACUUGCUGACAAUAAAGGAUGUCACCCCGGCUGAUGCAGGGGAGGUGGUCUUCAGCCUUAAAGAUCUGUGCUCCAAAACAACAUUAAAAGUUGAAGGAAAAGCUUCAUCGUUAUCAAAAGGACUUCAACAUAUUUCUGCAGUUCAAGGUGAAAAUGCUGUUUUCACCUGUGAGGUGACACAGUCUAGAUCUACUGUGAAGUGGGCCAAGGAUGGCAGAGCCAUCAAGAAAAGCCAGAAGUAUGAGAUCAGUCAGCAAGACAAGGUCAUGAAGCUGAAUAUUCAUAAUGUGUCUGCUGAAGACUCUGGAGAGUACAGUUGUGAGGUUAUUGGAGGUGCAACCACUAAAGCCACGCUAGAAAUAAAAGAACCAAUCCAUAAAUUUUCCAAAGAGCUUGAGGAUGUUCAAGCAGAUGAGAAGAGCUCUGUGACAUUACAGUGCGAAACAGCACAAACCCCAUCCACAGUGGCAUGGCUGAAAGGCCACACGGAGCUCAAGGCUGGAGGACGUUAUGAGAUAUCUCAGAAGGAAAGGGUCUUAACUCUUACCAUCAAACACCUGGAGGAGAAAGAUACUGAUAUCUACACAUGUGAUGUGGGUACUGCCAAAAGCAUGGCGAAGGUGACCAUUAAAGUCCUGCCAGCCAGCUUCAGCGAAAAGCUCAAAAACCAGACCAGAAAUGAAGGGGAGACAGUGACACUUUGCUGUGAAGUUUCAAGACCUGCAGCCCAAGUCCAGUGGAUGAAAGGCUUCGAGAAUCUCCAACCAGGAGACAAAUAUGACGUGAAACAAAAACACACCUCCUGUACACUUCAGAUAUUUAAUCUGAACGUUGAAGAUGGUGGAGAAUAUUGUUGCAUGUGUGGGGACCAGAAGACAUCUGCUACCUUGAAAGUUAAUGCAUUGCCACCAACGUUUGGACAAAAGUUGAAGAACCAGGACGCUGAAGAGGGAGCGAGCACUGUACUGAGCUGUGAGCUCUCCAAACCUGGAGUCCCUGUGGAGUGGAAGAAAGGAUCACAAGUCCUGAAGUCCAGUGAGAAGUACCAGAUGAAGCAGAAGGCCUCUGUGAAUGAGCUCCACAUUAGUAAAGUGGUGCCAGAAGACAGUGGAGACUACAGCUGUGUGUGUGGAGAGCAGAAGACCACAGCCAGCCUGAACAUAAAGGCCCAACCAGUGACCUUCAAACAAAAACUGGUAAGUCAGGAGGCUGAAGAGGGAGCCAACAUUACACUGAGCUGUGAGCUCUCCAAACCUGGAGCUCCAGUGGAGUGGAAGAAAGGAACACAGAUCCUGAAGUCCAGUGAGAAGUACCAGAUGAAGCAGAAGGCCUCUGUGAAUGAGCUCCAUGUUACCAAAGUGGUGCCAGAAGACAGUGGAGACUACAGCUGUGUGUGUGGAGAACAGAAGACCACAGCCAGCCUAAACAUAAAGGCCCAACCAGUAACAUUCAAGCAAACGCUGGCGGGUCAGGAGGCUGAAGAGGGAGCCAACAUUAUUCUGAGCUGUGAGCUCUCCAAACCUGGAGUUCCAGUGGAGUGGAAGAAAGGAACAGAAGUCCUGAAGUCCAGUGAGAAGUACCAGAUGAAGCAGAAGGCCUCUGUGAAUGAGCUCCACAUUAGUAAAGUGGUGCCAGAAGACAGUGGAGACUACAGCUGUGUGUGUGGAGAACAGAAGACCACAGCCAGCCUGAACAUAAAGGCCCAACCAGUGACCUUCAAACAGAAGCUGGUCAGUCAGGAUGCUGAUGAGGGGGCCAACAUCAUUCUGAGCUGUGAGCUCUCCAAACCUGGAGUCCCUGUGGAGUGGAAGAAGGGAUCACUAGUCUUGAAGUCCAGUGAGAAGUACCAGAUGAAGCAGAAGGCCUCUGUGAAUGAGCUCCACAUUAGCAAAGUGCUUCCAGAAGACAGUGGAGAUUACAGCUGUGUGUGUGGAGAGCAGAAAACCACAGCCAGCCUAAACAUAAAGGCCCAACCAGUGACCUUCAAACAAAAACUGGUAAGUCAGGAUGCUGAAGAGGGAGCCAACAUUACACUGAGCUGUGAGCUCUCCAAACCUGGAGCUCCAGUGGAGUGGAAGAAAGGAACACAGAUCCUGAAGUCCAGUGAGAAGUACCAGAUGAAGCAGAAGGCCUCUGUGAAUGAGCUCCAUGUUACCAAAGUGGUGCCAGAAGACAGUGGAGACUACAGCUGUGUGUGUGGAGCGCAGAAGACCACAGCCAGUCUAAACAUAAAGGCCCAACCAGUGACCUUUAAACAAAAGUUGAACAGCCAGGAGGCUGAAGAGGGAGCCAACAUUAUUCUGAGCUGUGAGCUCUCCAAACCUGGAGCUCCAGUGGAGUGGAAGAAAGGAUCACAAGUCCUGAAGUCCAGUGAGAAGUACCAGAUGAAGCAGAAGGCCACUGUGAAUGAGCUCCUUAUUAGUAAAGUGGUACCAGAAGACAGUGGAGACUACAGCUGUGUGUGUGGAGAACAGAAGACCACAGCCAGCGUCAAGAUCAAGGCUGUGAAGCCAUCCAUUCCUCCUUCGGCUGCUAAACCAGAAACCAAGAUGCAAGAGACCAAAGAAAAAACUGGAGCUGUGACUUCAUUAAAAACUGGGGCUAAUAAAGAGGAACUACUCGAACGGGAGAUUCAGAGAAGUUCAUCAGAACUCAAAGUGGGAGCUGAAGCGGCCCCAAUAACCUUCAAGAAGGAGCUGGAAAGUCAAGAAGCCAGAGCAGGAGGUGAGGCCACACUGUCCUGCGAAAUGUCCAGCCCUGAUUGCAAGGUUACCUGGAGGAAGGGCUCAACAGUACUCUCUCAGGGCGAGAAGUAUACCAUGCAGCAGAAAGCUACCACUCACAGCCUCGUUAUAAACAAGCUAAUCAUGGAGGAUAGUGGUGAAUAUACCUGCGAUACAGGAGACAGAAAAAGCACGGCUAUCCUGACUGUAAAAGAGCAUGUACGCAUUGUCCGGGAGCUCAGCGAUAUUACUGUGACCACCGGCCAGGAUGCCGUCUUUGAGGUUGAGCUGUCACAUGUUGGCGUCACCAAUGGGGAAUGGUGGCUCGCUGACAACCUCCUUCAAAAUAAUGAUCUCAACCAAAUGAGCAGUCAUGGCAGAGUGCACCGGCUGGUCCUGAAGAUGGUAACCUCAGAUGAAUCGGGCGAUGUUGCUUUUGUAGUGGGAGACGAAAAGACUGUGGCUUUCCUUCUGGUAGAAGAGAAACCUAAAGUGCUGAUAUUAGAGAAGCCACACAACACUGUGGCGUUAGAGGGGGAAACGGUCACUCUUGCCUGCUGCAUCUCGGACCCAAAUGCCACAGUCAACUGGAUUAGGAACAAAGUGGCCAUCCGAGCCGGUCUCAAGUAUGACCUGAAGAAGAACGGUGCGUUCCAUCAGCUUUGUAUCCACAACUUGGUGCUCGAGGACUCAGGAACAUAUAUCUGUGACACUGGAGAUGCACAGUGUGAUGUCACAUUGACUGUGCAAGGUACUCCAGUGUUUUUCCAGAAAGAGCUCAAGAACCAGGACACUAUAGAGGGUGAUGAUAUUACCCUGCAUUGUGAGCUGUCUAAGCCAAAUGUUCGUGUUGAGUGGAGAAAAGGAGGUGUUGUCCUCCAGCCGAGUAAAAAGUACGCCAUGAAACAGGAAGGGCGCAUUCAGGAGCUCUGUAUACAUAACCUGGAGCCAGAGGACAGUGGCUACUACACCUGUGAUGCAGGAGACCAGCUCACUACAGCUUCUUUGGCAGUGCAAGUAAAAGAGGUCCUCAUUGUUUCUGGUCUUAAGAGCACUGACGUCUUUGUUGGGGAGUGGGCAACUUUCUCCUGCCAGCUGUCCGAUAGGGUGCCAGGUAGAGUGCAGUGGUGGCUGGAUGGCACCUUGCUGGAGAACUGCCCUUCUAUUGAGAUAGGGCAGGAGCAAGGCUACAUCCACACACUCACUUUUAAGAACCUGGCAACAGAUGACUCUGGCACUGUCACCUUCAAAGCAGGCAGUUUAACCUCAACGGCCAAGCUUUUAGUCAAAGAUCCUACAGUCGAAGUAGUGAACGAUAUGGAGGACCUUUGGGUGAUUGUAAACCAACCUGCUGAGUUCAUCUGCCAGUUCUCGAGGCCAGUCAAGGCUCAGUGGAGGAAAGACGGGCAACUUUUACAGCCUCAUGGCCGAAGGGUGGUAGUGGAGCAGGACUGGAAUGUGGCUCGCUUGUACAUUAACCGUGUGUCUCCUGAAGACAUGGGAACAUACUCCUGUGAGGCAGAGGGCGCCUGUGUGGUUGCUUCACUUUAUGUGGAAGUCAAACCCAUUCACAUUGUUCAAGGCCUGGAGAAUGUGGAAAUUCUUGCUGGAGGUGAAGCACUUUUUGAGUGUGAUCUGUCUCGCCCUGAGAUUAAAUGUUGCUGCUGGCUUCGUGAUGGAAAACCGGUGAAAGAAUCCUCUAAGGUUGAAGUUGUGUCGUUUGAAAGUGGUCGUCGCCAUCUACUCCUCUUGAAAGAGCUGUGUGCUGAAGACAGUUGCACAGUGACCUUUAAAGCUGGUACAGCUUCCACCACUGCCCAGCUCACCGUCAAAGAAUUGAAGCUAGAGAUUGUGACAGAUUUGGAGGACAAAGUGGUUGCAGUGGGAGAGGAUGUUGAGCUUUGUGUUAAACUGAAUGAGCCUGUCCCUGCAUCAAAAGUGCUCUGGUGUGCUAAUGGACUUGAGUUAGAGCCUAGUGACCACUGGGCCAUGAGGGCUGAAGGCAGCUCUUACUAUCUUGUCCUGAGACGGGCCCCUCUUAUGCCCCGGCAGGAAAUUACCUUCACUGCUAAAAAUGCUUUUGCUUGGGCCUUCAUUACAAUCAUCACUGUACCUGAUCCUCCUGAGGAGCCAGAAGUCCUCAGCAAGACUACAGAAUCGGUCACACUGUCUUGGUUCACACCUCUCCACGAUGGAGGGAGUCCCAUUCUGGGCUACAGAGUAGAGAUGCGACUUGUAGAUAGUGCCCUCUGGCUUCCAUGUCAUUCUGAGCCUGUUUGCAACACAGAAUUUGUGGUUGAAAAUCUCAUCCCAGGGAGUGGCUACCGAUUUAGAGUGGCAGCCAUCAACAGAGCUGGGACUGGAGAGCCCGUGGAGCUUCCUCUGACUGUGCAACUAGAUGUAAAAUCAGCAGAGAUACCAGGACAGCCCAGUCUGCCUCCUGAAGCUGCUGAAGAAGGGGACCUUCAUGAGUUGUGGGAAGCAUCAACCAAAAAGCGGCGCAUGAGUCGAGAGCCCACUCUGGACUCCAUCACUGAACGUCCUGAGGAUGAUGGAAAAGGUGUUCAAAAGAAAAAAGGACAGACUGAGCCUCAGUCAUCAGAGAAAGAAGUCAAAUCAGCUGAGAAAGAAAAGGUCAAACCAGUUGAGAAGGAUCAGGUCAUCGUGUCCAAGAAGCAGACAGAAUCCAUCAAGUCUGUCAGCUCUGAGAAAGAGAGUGUUUCUGCAGGUUCAACCCUUGUGUCUUACCUGAAAACGAGUAGCACGACUGCUGUCACAGCAACCAGUGAAGCAGAGACUCUAGCCACUGAGAAGUUCUUUGCACAUUUUCAAAUGGAAGAGAAGAAAACUGUACAGCAGACUGGAGCAAAAACAACUUCAGUUCAGCAAAGAGACGAAAAACAGACAUCUACGCCAGAGACUAGCAUUGUGGAGAUCACAAAAGAAGAUGAGCCUGAGCUUACAGAUGCUGCCAUUAAGAUUCAAGCUGCCUUCAAGGGCUACAAAGCUCGCAGAGACAUGCGUCCUGUUUUUAAAGAUGUCUUCAAAGAGCAGACGAAAGAACCUAAGGACACCAUACAUCUGGAAUGUGUGACAGAAGGUAAACCCGAUAAGGUGCGUUGGUUAAAAGAUGGAGAACCUCUGAUUGACGGCAAGCAUCAUCAUAUUGAUAUCUACAAUGACGGCACCUGCUCUCUUGUCAUUACUGCCAUAACUACCAAAGACACUGGGGUUUACACUUGUGAGGUCACAAACAAGUUUGGAGUAGCUUCUCAUAGUGCUAAGGUGACAGUGGGAACAGCAAGAGAAUUAUCAGAGAAACGACCACUGACAGUGGGUUACAGUGCUGACAGUGAGCCGGAGAGCUCCUCUGGUAGUGAGAUGGAUGAGUCACUGAGGCAGGCAAGCAGACGCCUCAGGCGCCUUUUGCGCACACGUCUACCACCUAAUGUUGAGGAAGAACAAUUCAUCAGCGCAGAUGAAGGGGAUUUGCGUCCCCCAGACCCUCACUCCUACCGUGAGGAUGAAAAUUACAUCUACAUUCGCUUUGACUCCAAGUCAGAAGCUGAGGUUGCCUCUAAGAGAUUCCAGGAGAUGUUUACAAUCCAUGGAGUUCCUGUAGAGACUGCCAUCAUACCUGCAGGGUUUCCUAAAGUGGAGCUGCAAAUUAGAAAGAUGGGUUACAUCCAGGAUGGUACGCAGACACCCACUCAAGAUCGACAGCCUCCGGCUUUCAUGACUGGAGCUCCAGCUGCUCCAGUCUUCUUGACAGAGCUACAAAGUCAGGAUGUUCCAGAUGGUUAUCCUGUCAGCUUUGACUGUGUUGUGAUUGGCAAGCCCCCGCCCACUGUUCGUUGGUAUAAGGAUGGCAAGCUGCUGGAGGAGAAUGACCAUUACAUGAUCAAUGAAGACCAAGAGGGCUGUCACCAGCUCAUCAUUACCUCUGUGUUGCCCACUGACAUGGGAGUCUAUCGUUGCACAGCUGAAAACAGUAGUGGCAUUGCUGCCACUAAAGCUGAACUUCGAGUUGACUUGUCUUGCAGCUCAGAUUAUGACACAGCUGCUGAUGCCACUGAGACUUCCUCUUACGUCAGUGCUAAGGGCUAUGCCUCCAGUAGGGAAACUGAGACCUUUGAAUCUGUUGCUGAGGAUGAUCAGCUACCACAGAUUGUAGACGAACUUCACGAUGUUCAUGUCAGUCCAGGUUCACCUAUGGCCAAGCUGCAGCUCAGAGUAAAAGGGUUCCCUAAGCCCAGAAUAUACUGGUUCAAAGAUGGCCAGCCUCUACAAGCAUCAAAAAGGAUUUUAUUGUCAACAACGAGAGAUAUUCAUGCUGUGGAAAUCCUGGAGGUAAAACGAGAGGAUAUGGGGGAGUACUCUGCCUACAUCAGCAAUACAGCCGGUUCUUCUUACACCUCUGCACGACUGAUUGUAUUGAGUCCUGGGGAAAUUAUGCCCAAAGAUAAAAAAGACACCAAGGAGCCCCUGGUGCCACCACGCUUCCUUGAAAAGUUCUGCAACAGGAAGGUGAAACAAGGAUCAAGCAUCACUCUGUCUGUUAAAGUAGAAGGUUCUCCUACUCCUAUGGUCUCAUGGCUAAAAGAGAAAUCAAUGGAGGACGUCUUGUGGAUCAAGCCUGAUACUAAGGGAUACAAAGUAGCAAGUUCUGGUUGCCAGCACAGCCUCAUCUUGAUGGACGUGGACUUGGAGUACUCUGGCAUUUAUACCUGUAUCGCCACAAAUAAAGCAGGGCAAACUCUCUGCAAUGCUCAGCUUGAGGUGGAUGAAACACCACAACCAAAAAAAGAGACUAAACCCUCAGAGGUUCUUGGGAUUACUGUGAGUCCUCCAGAAGAGGCCCUCAGAGGAAAAGAGGGUAAAAUCCCCUACUUAGGUGAAGUCGGUACAGAGGAAUUCCUCAUGAAGCUCACUUCUCAGAUCACUGAAAUGGUAUCAGCAAAGAUCACCCAAGCUUCAUUACGUGUACCAGGCGGUGACAGUGAUGACGAGACCAAAACUCCUUCUCCAACACCUCAUCAUGGCCGCUCCCGUCCUCCCUCCCUCAUCGCAGAUUCUUCCUCAGAGUCUGAUGAAGGAGACGCCAGAGGAGAAAUGUUUGACAUCUACGUGGUGUCAGCUGACUACAACCCCACCAUUGCGAGCAAAGAUUCUAUUUCUCUGAAGGAGGGACAGUAUGUUGAGGUUUUGGACUCAGCUCAUCCACUCAAGUGGUUAGUCCAGACCAAACCCACCAAAACAACCCCAUCACGACAAGGCUGGGUGUCACCUGCAUACCUGGACAAAAAACUCAAACUCUCAGCUGAUACGGGUGAGAUUCCAGAAACAAGUGAAGAGGUGACCGAGGGAGAGUACAAGAGAAGGUUAUUGCAACUGGUACAGGACUUGAUAAAUGGAGAAUCUGAGUUUGUGACAGAAGUGGACUUCUUCACCUCCCACCACCUGAAGCAUGCUGAAGCCUCUGAUGCACCUCCUGAUGUCUCCAACCAGAAAGAGACCAUUUUCAGAAAUAUCAGCGACAUCAAAUCCUUCCAUAGCAAGGCAUUCCUCCCAAAGUUGCAUGACUGUGACACAGAUGAUGAUAUUGCCAUGUGUUUCCUGAAAAAUAAAGAGGGCUUUGAACAAUACCUUCAGUACCUUGUAGGCCAGAGCCAGGCCGACUCUGCUGUCAGUGACAAGACUGUCCAUCACUUCUUUAAGGAGUACACUGAGAAAGAACAGACUAACACAAAAGCUACAGAUUCUCCCGUUCGAAGCAUCAACGCCUACCUCCAACAACCACUGGAGAGGAUUCAGAAGUACAAGGCCACCCUCAAGGAGCUCAUUCGAAACAAGGCUAAAAAUGGUCAGAAUUGUUGCCUUCUGGAAGAAGCGUAUGCAAUGGUGUCCGCACUCCCGCAGCGUUCUGAGAACACCCACCAUGUCUCAUUGAUCGAAAACUAUCCUGCUACCCUGGAAGUUCUUGGAGAACCUAUCAGACAGGGACCUUUCCAAGUGUGGGAGGGUGCUCCUGGAGUUAGAACAUCCUCUAGGGGUCACCAUCGCCAUGCCUUCCUCUUCAAGAACUACUGCAUAAUCUGCAAACCCAAAAGAGAUAUCCACACUGAUACACAAACUUAUGUUUUUAAGAACAUGAUGAAGUUGAAUAACAUUGACGUGAAUGAAACAGUGGAAGGCGAUGACCGUGCCUUUGAGAUCUGGCAUGAACGGGAGGACUCUGUGAGAAAAUACACUUUACAGGCUCGAACUGUUACCAUCAAGAACUCGUGGCUGCGAGAUCUCAGAGAACUGCAGCAGCGCUACAUCAUGGCUGCAUGGAGCCCUCCUGAUUUUGAAGAAAUUCUGGCAAACUGCACAGCAGAGUUGGGCCAGACUGUUAAAUUGGCCUGCAAAGUCACAGGGGUGCCCAAACCUGUAGUCACCUGGUACAAGGAUGGACGCUCAGUAGAGGCAGAUCCUCAUCAUAUCAUUAUUGAGGACCCUGAUGGCUCCUGUACGCUGAUCUUGGACAAUAUGACUGCAGAAGAUUCUGGCCAGUACAUGUGCUUUGCCACAAGCCCAGCUGGAAAUGCAAGUACUCUCGGAAAAGUCACUGUUCAGGUACCUCCUCGUUUUGUCAACAAAAUGAAGAAUGCCAUAUUUGUUCCUGAUGAAGAUGCACAGUUCACUUGCGUUAUACAAAGUGCCCCUGUACCCAAAAUAAGGUGGUUUAAGGAGGGCAGGCUGUUGACCGACCAGGGCAAGUAUCAGACCUACAGUGAACUCCGCAGUGGGGUUCUGGUACUGGUUAUAAAAAACCUGACAGAGAGAGACCUUGGACAGUACGAGUGUGAGCUGUCAAACCGCCUGGGCAAAGCCAAGUGUGCUGCUGAUUUAGUCCUCCCCUCUGCUGUGGCUCGCACUGGUGAGCAGGCCAUCACCAUUGAAGUGACCGAGCAGGAAACUAAAUUACCAAAGAAAACCAUCAUCAUAGAGGAAACCAUUACCACUGUGGUGAAGAACCCACGUUUGAGGAGACACCGAUCCCCUGGCUUGGCUAUUGUUGGUGCCCACCGUUCUGAGACUUCCACACCUGAACCCCUUGCAGCCAGGCCAAGAAGGAUGCCCACUCCAAGAAAGACAACCAUCCCAGCGCUUUAUGUUACCGAGCCCGAGGGGGCUGGAGCCAGGGCAGUGGAGAGCAAGCCCAGGUGGGUUGAGGUAGAAGAGGUCAUUGAGUACAAGGUCAAUAAGUCUCCCAGGCUGAGGAGAAGAGGCAUCUCACCUUCAGGGUCUGAACGUGCUGCCACCCCUUCAAGACCCAAGAGGUCUAGCUUGGAAAACCCAAAUGUUAACAAUUCCAACAACAAGCUAGUGGAGCAAACACAGGCCCAUCGGCAGGGGGAGAUCAUCAGCCAGCCCCUCUCCUGGGAGGAAGACGAUCAUGUUGCCUCUGGCUCUGCAUCUGGAGAACCAUGUGAACUCUCAUCCGCCCUUACAUCUGCUGGAGAAAACAUUGAUGAUGAUCAGGACGAUCAACAAACAGUCAUCUUUGAACCUGAUGACGAAAAUGAUGAAUGCGAUCAAUUAAAAAGACAAGAGCCUGUGAAACUGAAACAAGGAGAUCGUGUUUUAAAUCUUGAAGACUUAGAGGAUUACGUCCCAGAGCAAGGAGAGACUUACGGCUCCUCUAAUGUCCGCUGUGCCUCAGAUGAAAAACCCUGCGAGAUCUCUGUUCUCCAGAGAGAGAUCGGUGGGUCCCAAGUGGGGCAACCAGUGCUUCUCAAUGUGGGGCGGCCUGACAUUGUACCAAGGCAGAGGAGCAGCUUCUUCGGUCGCUUCAGGGAGCAUCUCUCCAACAACAUUUUCUCAUCAUCCUUCCCACAAGCUGCUGAAGCUCGGCCCAGGGUGGAGAGGCAAGUUCCCAUCCGAGUGAGCCAUGCCAAGGUGGAGGUGAAGCCUUCAUACUGCUCAGCAGUGCAGAGAGAUGAGGGCAAGCAGCAAAGCUUUAAAACCAAAGUUUCUACUCAGACUUAUGGUUACGCAUCAGUUGGCAACCCAGUCACUCUACAAAUUAAAGAAAACCUUUAUGAAAACCAGUAAACAAAAUGUCAUUCUUAGUCUUAAAUAGAUCCAUUUCUGCUCACAUGAUUUAAGAUACGUGCUGCGUUUGACAAACCAUUCCACUGUGGAGCAGCCAAUCAGGAACUCGUCAAUUCUCAAACUAAUUUAGCGGAAAACCGGUUGGAGGCGGGGUUUCUUCAGACUAGGGAAGUUAAAAACUGCAAAGUUUUGUCUGUAAGCAGGUUUCAGUCUCAUUCUGUUGAUUUAACUGCUUCUUUACAUGCGGUAUGAACUGUGUGAGAAAAGAUGCUAAAGAAGUCACAGUUUGACGUUUUUAUCACAUAAAUAUUUACUAAAACGUGAUCUUACCUAUAUUAAUUGAUCCAGGCAUUAUCCUUAGGAGACACUUCUAGUAUAUUCACAAUCAAGCUGUUAUUUAAUGCAUUUUGGUGCCACGAU